AUGUCGAGGAACAAUACUUAUCGUAUGCUUGUGUUACUGGAAGACGAUGCCAAGGUAAAUAAGGAAGAUGAAAAAUUUUUGAAAGGCAAGCCGGGAAAAAUGCAUGAAUUCGUCGAUGAGUUGAUAUUGCCGUUUGAUGUUGACGAACUAGACGAGCUGAACAUUUGGUUUGAUAAAUUUGAUGCCGAAAUAUGUAUACCGAACGAAGGUCAUAUCAAGUACGAAAUUAGUAGCGAUGGUUUGAUCGUACUUAUGUUAGACAAAGAAAUUGAAGAAGUUAUAGAAAAAGUAAAACAAUUUGUCGAAGACAAUAAAUGA